AUGGAUUUGGAAGACAUCGCAGAGGAAGAAGAACCCACAAGAACUUGGCGGCUAAUUGAAUGUGAGAAAACUGGAGGCAUAGAGAGGUUAAAUAACUUACCCAUGACCAUGAAGCUCACCCCAAGCGUACCAUUCAUCGCUCAGGACUAUGGAGUCUUAAAGGCUGAUGAAGGCAUCUCGUUCAGGGGCCUCUUGAUCAUUGAUGAUAAAGGUAUCCUUAGGCAGAUCACGGUAAAUGACCUUCCUGAAGGCCGCUCUGUGGAUGAGACUCUGCGACUGGUUCAGGCCUUCCAGUUUACUGACAAGCAUGGGGAAGUAUGCCCAGCUGGCUGGAAUCCCGGCAGUGAUACCAUCAAGCCUGAUGUCCAGAAGAGCAAAGAAUAUUUCUCUAAGCAAAAGUGA